GGUUGCGGUAAGUCUUCGGCACUACCAGGGGCAGCUGGUCCUGCUCGACGCGGUGACUGGCCUUGGCACGUGAUGCUGCUAAGGUUCGGCAAGCACGUCUGUGACGGGACGCUAGUCGCCGAAAAGUGGGUUCUCACCACUGGAAACUGCGUAGCGCAUUGGCGAGAAGACGAGCGGCUACAGGCUCGUCUCGGGUCUGCGCGGAAGGCGUCACCUUUGGACGUGCGCCUGUCGGGUCCAGCGACGCUCUCAGCCGAUGGGACACUGGCCCUGGUGAUGCUCGAAGAGGCCCUAACGCUCUCCAGUGCCGUGCGGCCAGCCUGUUGGUUGCCGGCGGGGGCGUCCAGCGACGUUUGCGCCACUCUUGCCUACCAAGGGGGACGUGUCAUAUGGGCUGAGGCUGUUAAAAAGGCUGGUUUCAUCAUUCAAUAA